AAAAACAAUGGAUAUUUGAUGGUUUCAUCCAACGGAGGACUAAAUCAGAUGCGAUCUGGUAUAUGUGACAUGGUAGCAAUUGCAAGAUACUUAAACGUCACGCUUAUAGUUCCUGAGUUGGAUAACACCUCCUUCUGGAAUGACCGCAGUCAAUUUGAAGACAUAUUCGAUGUGGAUUAUUUCAUUACCUCGUUGAGAGAUGAGGUCAAAAUUUUGAGAGAACUACCUCCUAAGCAGAAGAAGAAAGUGGAAUUAGAGUCCCUUUAUUCCAUGCCCCCGAUUAGUUGGUCCAACAUGACUUACUACUAUAACACGAUUCUUCCUCGCAUACAAACAUACGAAGUUGUACACUUCACAAAAACAGAUGCUAGGCUUGCCAACAAUGGCAUCCCUGAAGAGGUUCAGAAGCUUCGCUGCCGUGCUAACUACCAGGCUCUGAGAUUCUCUCCUGUGAUUGAGGCAUUAGGCAAGAAAAUCGUUAAUAUCCUCCGCGAAAGAGGCCCUUUCUUGGUUCUUCAUCUCCGGUACGAAAUGGACAUGGUGGCCUUUUCUGGUUGCACUGAGGGUUGCACUCGAGAAGAGAUUGAAGAGACCACGAAAAUGAGAUAUGCUUAUCCAUGGUGGAAAGAAAAGGAGAUUGAUUCAGAGAAGAAGAGGAAGGAUGGACUUUGCCCUUUAACACCUGAAGAAACUACUCUAGCAUUGAGAGCACUAGGCAUUGAUCGUAAUAUCCAAGUCUAUAUUGCUGCUGGAGAUAUAUACAAGGCAGAGAGGAGACUGGCACCUCUCAAAGAAGCUUUUCCAAAUUUGGUGAGAAAGGAGACACUAGUUGAUGCAUCAGAUCUUCUUCCUCUCCAAAACCACUCGAACCAGAUGGCGGCUCUGGACUACUACGUCUCGAUAGAAAGUGACAUCUUUGUCCCAACAUAUGGAGGAAACAUGGCAAAAGUAGUUGAAGGCCAUAGAAGAUACUUGGGAUUCAAGAAAACCAUUCUUCUAGACAGGAAGGCUCUGGUGGAUCUGAUAGACCAGUACAACAAUGGAACCCUGAGCUGGAACGAGUUCGCCGUCGGAGUCAAUACUGUUCAUGCAGACCGUAUGGGAAACCCAACUUGGAGAUUGGAGGUUCCAGGAAAACCUAAACUAGAGGACUACUUCUAUACAAACCCAACUGAGUGUUUAACAAUGCCGGCUGAAGAUGAUGAUCAACUAUUACAGUAGUACCUCUGUACCUAGUACCUACACAGUCUUUCACAUAUAUUUUUCAUUUCUUUGGCUCGUAAUUUUGUGCUUCUUUUGACAAAUCAGAGAAGUGUUUCCAAGUCAUUGUAAUAUUUAUAAAUG